UAAUGAUAUCCCUUGUCAACUUGUUUAUUCCAUUUAGAUAAGCAUAAAGACUAUAAAGAUUGAACAUUUAUAACUAAAGAAGAGUUAUAUAUAAAUUUUGUAGUGAAAAUAAAAAAACAGAAGAAAUUGAAAAAUAACCCUCAUUAGUUAUAGAUAUUUUACAUACUGUCAAAGAUUCAGCUAUUGGUUCAGCUACAAAAUUGACAGAGAAAGUAAAAGGAUCAGCAGUGAAAUUUAAAACAGAUGCUAAUCAAAAUAAGGAGACAAGUAUUGGAAAAACAUGUUUAAACAUGGCAAAAUUAGCAUGGAGAAAAACAUUUCCUAGUCAUGAUGAUGAAGUAAAGGCAAGAAUGGAAACAGUUAAGGCAAAGUUAGCAGAGAGAAAGAAAGAAGAAGAAAAAUUUGCUUAAAUGACUGAAGAAGAAUUGGCAGCUGUAUGAAUUAAAAUUUAUUUAGAUUUAAGAAAAAAUUCCAGAAUGGAAAAGAAAUGCAGUCUAAGCUACUGAUUAAGGUACAAGUGAAGAAGCAUCUCUUAAAUCUAAAAUAGCUUAAAAGAUUUAAAGUAGACUCAAAUAAAGUGAAUAAGGAUAACAUAUAGUAAAUAGUGAAGCAUUUAAGGAAUAUGUAACAUUCAAAGCAGAAAUGAAAUAAUUCAAAGCUGAUUUAUCUGAUAAAAUCUAAAAUCAUCCUAGCAAUUUUGUUUAAGUUUCUUUGUAUGCAGCAGUAAUUAAAUUAAUUAAAUAAAUUAGAAAACUGUUACAAAUGAAAGUGAUGUUGCAAGAGCCAUUAGAUAAAUGAGAAUGAUUGAUCCAGAUUUUGAUUUAUAUGAAUUAGAAAAGGAAGCAAAAGUGAUCUUUGAAUAAAUAUACAAUCUUUAUUUAUUAGGAGAUUUGGAAUCUCUAUAAAAAGUAUGUGGUGAAGCUGCUUUAGGAUAUUUUAAAGUGUUAUUAAAAAAAUAAGAAGCUGAAGUAUUAUUAUCUUUUUUAAAUUAGAAAUCUGAACCUAAACAUAAAUAAUUAUGGAAUGUAGAUGAAAUUAGAUUCACAAGAGCUAGUAUACCUGAUUCUGUUAAAUUACCAGUUUUUGUUUUUACUAUUAAAACUUAAGAGAUCUUUUGUUAUGUUAGUAAGGUAUGAUAUUGUUGAAAUAUUAAAAAUAGACUGAUAGAUCUAAAAUCGUUGAUGGAGAUGAUGAGAGAAUCAUGUCAAUGGAUUACUAAUUUGCUUUAACUCCACAUUCAAAUCCAAGUUCCGAUGAGUUCGGUCAUAUUUGGGAAAUGAUCGAAUUAUAACCAUAAUAAGUUGUUAAAAUGCUUGUUUGAA